UCUUAUUCUAUCUUUUACAACCAUCAUCCGCCACAAUGUCACGCCCUCAAGGAAAAGGUAUCUCCUGUACGCUGUCCAAAUGUGACAUCACCAUAGCUGGGCCUCUCGGUGACGAUUGGACCUACGAGAAUGUUGCGCGCUGGACGACGUACAACGGCGGAAUCUUCUGUAACAUCGUCGACAAGGAUGUGACGCAUGUCCUCGCUACGCCCGAGCAGUACAAAGCGAGGAUCCCUACUAUCAAGCUGGCUAUUAAGUACAAGGCACAUAUCGUGACCAAGGACUGGUUUGAGGAUUCGCUUUAUAAGAAGCGACGCUUGAACGAGGAAGAAUACUCACUCAAGCGUAUCGACCAAAAAGCCAAAGCCAAGAAGGAACUUGAGGUGAAGGCGCAGAAAGGGAUUGAACAGGCCGAAUCCUUCAUUAACACAAACCUCUAUCACAUCUAUCGAGAUGGCACCUACUUCCCCUACGAGAUCACCUUAACUCGUAACGACAAGGAGAAUGGAAAUGUUGGUCAAAAGUACCAACUUUAUCUCUGGGAAUCCAACUCCAAGCCGCACCUCUACCAAUUCGCAGCCAAAUUCUACAAAAAGCCUCGCGACAGCCGCCCUUCUAUCCAUCGUCCGCGGGAGACUCCCGUACUCCUAGAGACAGCAUUGAAAGACUUCACGGUGUUUUUCCACCAAAAGACCGGUAUCCACUGGAACGACCGCAUCGCCAAAGCGGGAACCACGGACAAGAGCAAGUUCCAGUACCAGCCUCCCAUCGGCGGAAAGCCAGUAGGCACCCUCGACGACCCGGCUCCCGAGAGCUGGUCCAUAUUCGGCAGCGGCACUGACUCCCCGUCGGCCACGGAUUCGACGUCGAGCACCAAGAAGGACCAGAAGCAGGAACUAGAUAAAGCCGCCAGCCGCAAGCGCAAGAGCCCCGCGGAGCCUGUCCAGCGCACCGGCGGCGAGAAGCGACAGCGCAGGGAGAAGGAGAAGGUGAAGGAGGACGACAAGAAGAAGGAGGAGGAAAGGGAGAAGGCCAAAGAGAGGAAGGAAGAGGAGCCGAACUGUGAAAACUCGGUUUCCGCUCGCACGCGCGGCAAGACCGCGGUUAACAACAACAAGAGAGCUCGUGCCUGCGAGGACGACGAUCUUGCCGUCAAGCAUCACGAGACGACCAAGCGCCAAAAGGUUGAAGCAGCCAAUGCCGAUAUAGACGAGCCGAGCCAAGGAGAACAGCCUGAGAUCAGCAAUCUCUCGGCGCUAGUCCGCACCAUGAGAAAGAGUCGUAAGCGAGAGGUGUAAGUGCCGCAGGGGCCCGACGAUAGCGAGAAGAAGGAGUAGGAGGCGGACAAUGUCGUUAUGACACAAGAUAUCGUCGACGAUAUACCCGACAUGUCAGAGGAGGAGUAGCGAGCGAGUGAGCGAGUACGUGGACUGCUAGAUAGAUGUACGAAUGUAAGAGGAAGCGAUGGAUUUCGAAUACUCACUGACUGACCCCCUUUAGCGGUCAUUUACCAUACCAUAGAUACCCCUGCUCGAGCAAAAUACUGCUACAUAUUUGCAAGCGUUGAUUUUUAGAUAGCCGUCUCGCCCUCGGGGGUAAAAGAACAAUGGCAAUGAACUCUUACAGUUAAAAGUCGAGUACCUGUCUAAGCUAACAUAACCGCAUCAACAUACCAUACCAUACCAUACCAUACCAUAUCGCAACACAGCGUAAAC